AUGUUGGGGAUCUGUUUAGCGACAGAUUUAGAGCCGCGGGCAUGCAUGCAAGCAGCAUCGACUCCGGAGGGCCCUGUGGUUAUCGGUACGGGGCAGGGCCCCAACGGAGUCAGCUCAAAGAUGUACCUGAUAAGCAAGAAUGUGGCUGAGCUAGCCACAAUUCGGGCACCGGACAUUGUUCACCCAAGACAGAACUAUGCCAUGUGCUCACUCCUGAAUCGCUGCGGACUAUUCUUGCACGGCGGAAGUAAUCCCAGAUUGGGAUGCUUGAAUGAUUCCAUGUUCUUCUUCUAUCUACAGGUGACCGGGACUACUGUGCGUGCAAGCAGGGUACGCCUGCAGAACCAUAUUAUCUGUCCGAGGCAACUACACUCCUGUUGCUCCAUCGGAGAUGACUUUGUAUUCCUUGCAGGAGGAAAGGAUAAGAGCUACACGUCCCUGUACGAUGCAUAUGUGAUAGACAUACGCACGGGAUACUGCCACAGGGUGGAUACUACAAUACCUGACGGAUUGACAGACUUUACUUUGGUGUACCACUCCGACAGCAUAUGGUUUAUUGGCGGAUUGGCUGGUGGGCGGACACCAUCUGCAGUUAUCUACGAGUAUCAUCUAGACCACUGCACCUGGACAAAGAGAGCAAUGCCAAAGCCACGCUACCGUCACAUGUCCUUCUUGUGGAGGGAGUAUUUGAUAUUUAUUCUUGGGUUUACAGAAGACGAUAGGCAGGCAAGAGACAUAACCUUUUAUAACAUGGAAGCCGACGUCUGGAUGUCCUCUUCUGACUGCGGACUCCCCUCCCCUGUGCCUGGAUCUGGGUAUUGGGAAGUUCCUCACCGUUACAACUGUGCUGGGGUUAUUGCUGGAGACAAUAUACUUGUAUAUGGUGGAUUAGAUCAAGCAGGAAACUACCUAUGCGACCUGUGGGCCAUCCCUCUACGCUAUUAUGAGUCUAUUUAUGGAGGUAUCAGUAAUAUAUCAUCAGCGACUCCAGAACUAGUGACCAACGUAAACUAUACACCACAGUAUAGUGUACACGAGAAUAUGAACCACUGUAAUGCUGAGAACACCCUUGAAAAGAAGACCUAA